GUGUGUUGGCUCAAGUCUCCGAGCGCGCAGAUCCGUGAGGGGAUUCAUAAACGCUCUUUGAAUCUCAUCCGUGAAAAUAGUUUACGUGGUGCCCUCCACUUUACAGCAUCGCCACAUCUUUAAGCUGACAGUAUGUAAACGGAGAAAACACCCACUUGUGUAAUUGAUCCAGUAUUGCCAGUGUGGACUAUUAUUGACUUUGGUUCUUUUUUGAUUAACCAUGUCCACAAAAGAGACAGAAUUAUCCAGUAGUCAGGAGAAGGUGGGUUUGAAAAGAAAACUGACGGGUCCCCCGAGACUUUUGCUGGGGAAGUCAAAAUCAAUGGAGAAACUGGAAGGUAGAUCUCAGAGAAGGCAAAGACAUGCUAAAAGUUGUGAUGGCACAGCAGAGAAUAAUUAUCAAGAUAAUGAUGGAAAUCAGUCCUCACUUGUUACCCACCACAGCCCUCAAAAACCCUCAGAGGAGAAGGAAUCCCGAUCAGCUGCUCCAGAAGAUACCUCAGGAAUUCUUGUAACAUUGGAGCAGAGUGAAAGCAAAGAUGAAAAUAUGGAAAGUAAAACAAAAAUAACCAGAAGCACUUCAAAAUCAUCCAUUAAAAGGACGUUUUCCUCACUCCUAAGAUGUGGAAAGAUGAAGGAAUCAGAUAGAACUGAAAACGAGACUUUGAAUCCUCAAAAAACAAAGAAGAACAGAAACAAAGCUCAACACAAUAAGUGUAACUCCAUGGAUGAGAAUAAACUGAGUGCAAACAAGGAAGUUCCUAAUGGGAAAAGUAAAACUAGGGCCUUCUUCUCAGUGUGGCCCAUUUCUAAGAGAUCUACCACAUCCAAAGUAAAUCUACAUGUAGGAAGGGGAUGCAGAGAGCAAGACAAUAGCAUGGUUUUUCACGAGAUAACGGCACCAAAAGGUUUGACAUUUAAAAAGAUCUACCAAAUCUUUCCAAGAAGAAAGAAAGCAUCUCCUAUUGAUCAGUUUGAGUGUAAUGCUUCCAGUGCGUCACACACAGAAGUAGCCGAUCAACUGAAUCAAUCACCUGCGGCUGCUUUGGACAUUUCCAGUGUCACAAAAGAAGAGAACCGAAAGAAAGAACAAGACAUAAAAGGUAAAAGCGUUCCAGAGACAUUUUCAUUCAGUGCAGAAGUAAGCGUUAACAGAGACAUCGAUGCUGGCCACUCGGAUGUGAAGGAAACACGUCCUGACCAAGAUGUUAGUUUUAAUGAGGAUGAAAAGCAGGUGUUAAAAUCUAGUGUUUUGGAUUCUGAGGUUCCUCCAUUGUGUUGCAGUGGCCAUAAUUUCGACUCUGAGUUUGCAGGCACAUCAUCAGUUGGUGAACUGCUAGUCUUAAUUGAGAAGCCUAGUAAAACUUGUGUCAAAUGCAGGCCAGUGAUUACUAUAGAGCAUGCAUGCUCAUCGGAGGAAGAGAACAUGAAUGAGGCACCAUAUUUUGAUGGUCUUACCAUGAAUGGGUCCUGGCAACAUUUAAGAAUAAACAACACACUACAUCCUUCUGAAGUAAAGGUGUCUCCUGAACUGGACCACAGCCGGUGUAAUGAGCCCUUACUGGUUCAGACGGCAGUUUCUAUGGUGCAAGCAGCCAUUCGUGGUGCUGUGGAGCAACUCACAAUCGAGCAGCAGCAUAAUCAGAUAAGUUUGGACCAUGCGUAAACACACAUUCAUAUUCUUUAUUCGGCAAAUGGUUUCAUGUUUCUGUAAGAUGCUAUAAAUAAAGCUGUGUAU